AUGCCAGUGUAUCCCGAUUUCGACUCUCUGCCCAAAACCGAGGGGCAGCCUCAGGGCAAUGCAUGGGGGCUCUGGGGAGAGCAGGACGAACUAGGAACUCUCAACUACUUGACCCCAGAUGUCAUCUUGGAGGCUUCCAGGGAGAUCAAGGCGGGUGUCACAGUGCAAUUGGAUCUUCCCUUGAACCAUUUCAACCAUUUGGGCGCCGGAAGACAAGGGUUCAACCACCGGAUCAUCGACUUCAAGGAGCGCCUCAAGGGCACCGAGCUGGAGAUUGUCGCCCACGACGAUGUCCUGACCUUGAACACGCAGAGCAGUUCCCAGUGGGACGGACUGCGACAUAUCGGACUGCAAGAGUCGGGCAUCUACUACGGAGGAGUCAAGCAUCGGGACAUUGACGAGAAGCUGGAAGAUGGAAGGCUGGGCAUUCACAAGUGGGUACAGCGCGGCGGCAUCGUUGGACACGGCGUCCUCGUCGACUACCAUGGCUGGCGCCAACAAACCGGGCAACCCCCCGUCACCAUCCCUGCGGCCACCGUCAUCACCACGGAGGAGGUGGAAUCGGUGCUGAAGCAUCAAAAGACGCACCUGCGCGACGGGGACAUCCUCAUUCUCCGCACGGGAUUCACCGACUGGCAUGUCCACGCCAGUAUCGAGGAGCAAGAAGCCGCUUCGAAAAGGGGCGCAUUCAUCGGCCUCGAAGCCACAGAAGAGAGUGCCAAGUGGAUCUGGAAUCACCAUUUCGCCGCCGUGGCGACCGACACGCUCGGGUUCGAGGUCACCCCGAUCCCGUUUCUCGAGCCCGGCACCGUGCGGCUCCACGAGUGGCUUCUUGUCCACUGGGGCACGCCGAUCGGCGAGCUGUGGGAUCUCGAGCGCCUAGCAGAGGUCUGUCGAGAGCGCGGACAGUGGUCCUUUUUCCUCUCCAGCGCGCCUCUUCAUGUGGUUGGCGGAGUCGGCACGCCACCCAAUGUCAUUGCGAUUCUCUAG